UCCCAAAAGUCUUCUUCUAAAAUCACUCCAAUUCAACCCUUCUAUUUACAUACAUACACACAGAGACACUCCUUUUUCUCCAAUUCUAUUCUUUUUAUUGGUUAUUCCAGAUUCGAUCACAUCGCUCUCUGGUCCAAAAUCUUAUUCGUUUUCAUACCCCUAUGUGAUUAUCAUUCACUACCCAAAAAAAGGAAAAAAAGAAAUGUCACUUCCAAAGCAUGGCCACAGAUUUUUCAAGUUUAGGAUCACAUCAAUUAUAUUUCUUGUCAAAACCCCACUUUUUUAAAUUCCAUGAAAAGUUGUUGUCUACUUUAGAUAUUCUCUUGAUUUGUUGAUUGCAUCCUCACCUCUUAUAGUGCUUUUGUGUUAGACUUAUUCCUCUCUCUCUUUUCUUCUUCUUGAAUAUAUUAAAGACAAAUGAUUUGUGGGGAUUACAAGUUUUCACGUGAAGUUGUAGCGAUGUCUUGGAUUAUGCUAAGGAUUGAUUACUCGAGGCUCUUUUGGCUAUUAUUUGGUGUUUUCUCUUACGAAAAUCACGAAGGAAAGCCUCGGAUUUCGUAGCAUUAGCUUUACCGUGCGCUCUCUCUCUCUCUCUCUCUCUCUAAUCUUUCAUCUAUACGUUUAUGUUUUUGGUCUAAUAAAGUUUAGUGAUAAUCAUAUAUAUAGUAGUUGCUUGCUAGAGAUAUAAAUAUAUAUUCUUUCAAAAGUAAAAGCAGAAGAUUUUCUUUUGGUGGAGUCGUUUGCUUCCUUGUGUAUAUUAGGGGGGUUUGGUUCACCAUGCAUAAAGUUGGGCUGAAUGAAAUGCUUGAUUUUAAUGGAACAAACUCGGAGUUGGAAUAUGUGGAAAUGGAUUCAUCUAAACGCUACGGACGUUUCAAAGACAUCCUUGGGAAAGGAGCAACAAAGAUAGUAUACAAAGCAUUUGAUGAGUUACUAGGAAUGGAAGUAGCUUGGAACCAAGUGAAACUCAAUGAUAUGUUUAGGUCACCGGAAGAAUUACAAAGGCUCUACUCAGAAGUCCAUCUCCUCAAAGAACUUGAUCAUGAAUCCAUCAUGAAAUUCCAUGCAUCUUGGAUCAAUGUUGAAGGCAGAACCUUCAACUUCGUUACUGAAAUGUUUACCUCUGGCACCCUUAGAGAGUAUAGACAAAAAUACAGGCGAGUGAAUAUACAUGCAAUUAAGAAUUGGGGAUGCCAAAUCCUCAAGGGUCUUGCUUAUUUGCAUUGUCAUGAUCCUCCAGUUAUACAUCGAGAUCUCAAGUGUGACAACAUCUUUGUGAAUGGACAUCUUGGCCAAGUUAAAAUUGGUGAUUUAGGAUUAGCGACCAUACUUUGUGGAUCACACCAUGCUCAUAGUGUCAUAGGUACUCCUGAAUUUAUGGCUCCAGAACUAUACGAAGAGGAUUAUGAUGAACUGGUAGAUGUAUACUCUUUUGGCAUGUGUGUGUUAGAAAUGCUCACUUCGGAGUAUCCAUACAGUGAAUGUUCAAAUCCAGCUCAAAUAUACAAGAAAGUCACCUCAGGAAAGCUACCAAAAGCAUUUUACAAGAUAAAUGAUCCAGAAGCCCAAAGAUUUGUUGGAAGAUGCUUGAGUCCUGCUUCUGAAAGGCCAUCUGCUUCUGAGCUAUUGAGGGAUCCAUUCCUUGCUGUUGUUGAAGAUGAGGAUUUAUCUCCGGUCAUAAAUUUGCCAUGUCAAAAGUUUACACCAAACGAAAAACAGAAUGAAAUUAUACCGUCUCAGCCCGAUGAAUCAGUACUAGGUGGCACAAACAUGACAAUCACAGGAACAAUGAAUCCAGAAGAUGAUACCAUCUUUCUCAAAGUACAAAUUUUUCAAAAAAAUGGGCAAGCAAGGAACAUAUUCUUCCCUUUCGACAUUUCUAAUGACACGGCAUUGGAAGUGGCGACGGAAAUGGUGAAGGAGUUAGACAUAACAGAUUGGGAUCCUCUUCAGAUUGCUGAUAUGAUUGACACUGAGAUUUCUGCUCUAAUUCCAGAAUGGAAGAAGUCGCGCUCUCUUCAGAAUUUUGAACAACAACAUAGCUUCACCUACGAUGAUGAUGAUGAUGAAAACACUCCCCAUCCUUUCUAUUACAUUUCCUCCCAUUCUUCUUCCCAACUUUCUCUCCCUGGUCUCCUCCCUUCAUAUGAAUCCACAUUCCAUCAAGUGAAAUUAGACCAUGACUGGCUUCAAGACGAGUUGAAAUUGAAUGAUGAUUCAUGUUCUCAAUGCUCAAUAAACUCCUACGGAUCCUUCAACCAUGUGAACUUUUAUGAAGAUGAUGCUGAUUGUAUGGGUUCCAAGAAAGCAGAAUCUCAGUGUACUCAGCAGACAAGCAAAUGUAGUACAAGGUUUUGUCCUGAAACAAGCAUGUUGUCCAAGAAUCAGAACACAACACGGAUGAAUAAUAAUCGCCCAAAAUUGACUAAGGUACGGUCACUGGUUGAUAUACGUAGUCAAUUGCUGCAUCGUUCUCUUGUAGAAGAGAUAAACAAGAGGCGAUUGUUCAAGACUGUUGGUGCUGUUGAAAAUAUUGGCUAUCACGAUCCUGCGAUAGGAAAAGGCCAUGGGUUAGGUUGGUAACGCUCAUUGCAUUUUACAGGAUGCUCAUCCAAGGUUCGAAAUGAUUAAGCCUAAUAUACAAAACGAACAAAAUUGUCUCUCUCCUCCUCUUCAUUUACGCUUUUGUCAAGUCCCUUGGUACUUAAUUAAAACCCCGAUGAAAUAAAUUACUUAUCAUGUGAUUGUAAAUUAUUACUGACUCAACUUUAUACAUGAUGUUUAUGCUACAUUUCCCUGUCAAAUCAAUAGUGUUUGUAUAGCUCAAUCUCCGGCUUUGCCAACGCUCCCUGUUGAAUGUAGUGGAUGUUGUU